AUGCCAGAAAAUACGUUCAUUGUUUUUACCGAAUCUUCGACAACAUAUUUAUAUGCGAUUAAUCCCAAAACCAAUAAACCCGAAAGAAAUGGUUCUUUUGACACUUCAUUGACUUUGGAAACUUCAGAUGAUGAGUACGUUAGAAAAAGUAAGAUAUCAGACUGGGUACAUAGCGAACUUGACAGCGCUAUAUUAAUUUCUUAUGUCGCCAUGAUAACCUCAAAAAACCGCGUAAUUCUGAAGGCAUUGAACUUUGAUACCAGAUCUAAGAAACUUUUUGUUGAUUCGACAUUCACAAAGAUACUUGACUACAAUUCUAGAAUAUCUGCAGUUAAAUUUAAGAAAGUCGGUGAAUCUCAAAUUGUUUUGUCAACUGUGUCAACGAAUAAGAUAAAAUUUAUUAUUUUAAGUGACAAGAAGCAUAUUCAAUUACUUGAAAGAGACUUAUUUGGAAACAAUUUUCAAUGCAACUCUUUGACCCAGUUUGUGAUUAAUCGAGAUGCGGACUCCCAUGUCAUCUUAUAUACCUUUAUAUCUGACAUGCUUUCAAACUUUGUUUAUCUUAAGAUUGAUCUUCCAUCGAAAAGCUCUUUUGCAAAUUGUGGUCCAAUUUAUGGUAAAAAAAUGAAUUAUAGAUCAGUGAUUCAAGCAACGGAAAACUUACCAAUUUUUGACCAUCUUAAUGGAUUAAGGAAAAAAGGAAGUUAUCGAGUACUUUCCAUGGAAAUAGAUCCAUCAGGAAAGUUUUUAGGCUUGUUGACAUCAUUAUUUGAUCGUACGCAGCCUGUAGAUGGUCGCAUAGUGUCGCAUCAUGAUAACAUAUACUUUUCUGUUGUUCCAGUUACAAAAUCUAAAUUGGAUUACUCUAUAUUUCACAAUCUGAAUGUAUUCAGUUGUGUUCAAAGCUCUCCUCUCUUGAAGGUUCAAACAAUGAACUUCACAAAAUAUUUAGACAGGCAUGAUGCGGAUAACAAAACAAUAGAUGUUGAAAAGCAGGAAAUUUCCGAUGGAUCUAUUGUUGUUCCAUUUGAGGAUGGAAUGAGCUGCGAAGCCUAUCUACAAAAAAAUCUUAUACUAUCCCCACAAUCCGAACAAGUAAGGAUAAAUAAUACUUUGAUGACUUUGAUAAACCAAUCUCAAGAUGAUGGCAACGAGCUCAGAUUAGCAAGGUUAAUAAUUGAACUGGUGAGAACAAAGAGAGUGGAAAUGAGUUCCGUAUAUGAUAGAUUGAUGUGCCGACAAUUUCUGCGCUUACUUGGAUUGCCGGAAGAAGGCAGUUCGAAUAUCCUUGGAGAUAAGAAUAAUUUAGCUCUUCCUGUUCCCGGUGCUCCUGAUUUAUCCGAAACAUUCACUUUUACCUCUAAUCCGCAACGGGAUUUGAUUAGUACAUCGAUUACGUCGGAGGAAGGUCAUACAUGGAAAGUUUGCGCCCUUACUUUAAUCCCAAUACUGAGCCCUAAAAUUAGAAUAUGCAAUUAUUGCGGCUCUCGAGUUUUACGGGUGCCUGAAGGAUUUUCUUAUGGCACAAUAACGGACUUUGUUCUUAACAGUUUGAGAGUAUGCAUCAUAUGCGGAGGUCGUUAUCAUGAAAGUUAA